AUGAGCGGUAUUCAUCGUUUUCUCACUCGCCGUGACCGGCGCCGGCAGGGCAAAGAUGAGGAGAAGCAUGCGCUUUCACUACCUCUAUUCCGCGGGUUUUUUGACUCUCACCCCGCAAGCGAUGACAACCAAGAGCACCAGAAGAAGGUCAAGAUAGUCGAAGCCCGCAUUCGAGCAAUGGGAAUCACAGCUCUGGAAGAGCGGCAUUUUAGUUAUGCGUUGAAAUCCAACAAGGACGAUAUCGAUAAAGCAAUCAGUUUGCUGUUGUUACUGGAGGACUCGAUCGAAGGAAUCAUCAGAAAUUACACACCAAGUACCAAACUUCUUGGUGCGGAAAAUCGUCAGGGAGUGACUUGCUUUCUAGACGCUCUGUUGUUUGCCAUGUUCGCUCGCCUCGACUGCUUUGAGGCGAUUUUGUACAAAUCAUUCAACGACGAGCCACGCCGAAAACUUGUCAUUCUGUUGAGAUUCUGGGUCAAUAUGCUGCGGUCCGGGAGGUUAAUUACAACCGAUAUCACAAAACACAUUCAGGAUGCCCUGGCUGAAUGCGGCUGGAAAGAUGCAGCUAUGCUUAGACAGCAGGAUGCCUCUGAAGCAUUCACGUUCAUCACAGAAAAGCUAGAACUACCACUGCUUACUCUCAAAAUGGAUAUUUACCAUUUUGGAAAGGAGGACGCUAGUGACGAUCACAAAUUCAUCAACGAGCGUCUGCUGGAAGUUGCCAUUCCACCAGAGCCUACUGACGGGCAAACGCUUACACUCGAAGAUUGCCUGGAAGCCUACUUCAACAACAGGAUCGAAGUCAAGCGGGAUCUAGAACGACGAAACACAGUCAGCUCCACCCGAUCAAUGGAUUCGUUAUCCAUCUCGAAAGGAUUCACAUCUCAUGUGGAAGAGGUUGAAACAACGCCAACUAUGACUCCUGCCCAGUCCACUCAUUCAAAUUCGCCCCGAGUUGAGAAGCCAAGUCCAUGGUCUUCUUUCUCGGAAUUCAGUGAAUCUCUAUCAGCACGAAGAAUUGGUCGGCGAGACAGUAUAGUUCGCGAGCGGUUCGUUCCAGAAUCCACGGAUGAUACUACAAGCGCCGAGAAUUCAUCUACCCCGGAAACUGAGCCUCAACGGAGGGGUAUUUACAGAAAAGAAGUGAUGAUGCCCGCAUGGCAGUUCUUCAGCCUCAUUCCAUGGUAUACUGAUAAUACCCCAACCAAUGAUGCUCAGGUUGCGGCACAUUUCUCUUCCAAGAGACCUAUUCUUGGCAUGUGCUUGAAACGCUACUCAUUCCUUCCAAAUGGAAAAGCUGUUCGGCUGAAUACAUACGUUGAUAUCCCAACUGAAAUCGGCCUGCCCCACUUUAUUCAGGAUGACAACCUCGAUGCGAAUGCCCCGAUCUACGGGAACUUCAAAUUGUCCUUGCAAGCAAUGGUCUGUCACCGGGGCAACUCGGUCGAUUCUGGGCACUACAUCUCUAUUGUUCGAGGCACAAGCCCUAACAUAGCACCGCCGGGCUCUAGUGAUAGCUCAGGUCACAUUUCCACUGAAACACCCAAACACUGGAUGCGCUUUGAUGACUUGGCCCAGGAACGGGUGACUCUAAUUGACGUCGAACAAGCGCUGAAGACGGAGUCGCCCUAUCUUCUAUUCUACCAGAUCCUACCCAUUGAUCAGGAUGCAUCCAUGGCAAAUUAUCUAAGCCAUGCCCCAUCCUCUCAGGCCUCGGAUGCAACGCUUGAUGUUGACAUGGUAGAAUUCUCCAAGAAAUUCACGAACCAGACUAUUGAGGAGACAACCGACGGUAGUAUCACUGAGGAUGGAUGCUCCGCUCGACCCAGCGUUGAAAUAACUGCACCAGACAAUGUCCCUCAACUCUCAACCAGCGGCGGGCGACCGAGUAGCAUUGUGUUUUCAGAAGCUAGCAACAACCCUCCUCAGCCUCGGUCAAUACCUGCUUCAUCGCCACGACUAGCACCUAUGGAAGAGGACAGCGGCAAAGGAUUCCCCUUCUCACGGCGUGGGUCCCGCGCCACGAAGAGCAACUCAGGAAGCCGUGCUGGUAGUCAGUCUGGUGAAAACCGUAUUGGUGCAACCUUUUCCCGAUUCGCUGGCCGGCUUAGUAGAGACAGAUUCACUAUCGACAGCGAGGGUGAGGCCGACGAAUCAGCUAUUGAUGUGGACGAACUCGCCCCUGAGGACGGAAAGCUGGGGCUGCCUCAAUCAGCCGAAGGUAAAGAGAAGAAUGGACGAGGGCGCACUAAAGAUCGUGGUAUGAAAGGAAAGAGCAAAGAUAAAUCGAAGGAAAAGGUCCGCAAGCCAGAGCGGGAAUGCACUGUGAUGUAA